CCUCCCGCUGCGGCACACAGACCCCGCGGAAGUUGGUUUUGCUCCGUGUGGACGGGAUGUUGUUAAUUUGUGUGCACUAGUGCGAAACACGUCGACGUUUUUCUUGUAGUUUUUUACAAGCGGCUUGCAGUUGCAGAAACAGAGAAACGCACGAUGCUGGAGUGCGGCAUGCUGGAGCGGGACAGUCGGGCUCUGAGGAAGCGGUCUGCCGUCCUCUGCAAGCAGCUGGUGGUGGAUGAGCUGCUCAUUCAGUUACUGCAGGCAGAGGACAUCCUGACAGAGAGCAUGGCAGAGAGCAUCAUGGCUGAGCCGACAUCUCAUAAACGAAGCUGGCGCUUACUACUACUUUUACCAAAGAGAGGACCCAGAGCCUUUAGCAGCUUCUGCUCAGCUCUGCGAGAAACUGAGCAGCAGCAUCUGUGUGACCUGCUCACACAAUCACCAGAAAAAGAUGGCAAAGAGACAUACAUAGAGAGUAUUCGGCCUGAGGAACAGCCAGGGGGAGAGGUAGGGCGGCUAGUCAUGCAGUCAACAGAGAAAAAGAGAGAGACAUCCUCAGUAGAAAGAGAAGAAAAGAAUGAGGUGAGCAGCACCUCAUCAUGCCCAGUCCGAGCCUCAGAGUCGUCAGUCAGAUGGUUGGUCCCAGUCAGGGAGGAAGACAGGAACACAGAGAGACGAGAGAGAAUGAAGAAAAGAGGAAGAGAUCAGCAGACAGAUAGGUUUGAGGGCUCUUCUCUUCCACAUCCCACUCAAGAGGGAAUUGCUGCCAAGAGAGCAAGGACACAUGCAGAGUCUAUGGAGUUUAGCCUGGAUGCAGAUAGUCCCAUCAACACUCCGGUGCUCCCGUGCACUCCUGACUUUUACCUCUCUCGCUGCAAGCAGUCUUACAGGAUGAAUUCAUCCCCUCGUGGUUUUGCUUUGGUGAUCAGUAAUGUGACCUUCGAUCCUUGUGCUGCGCCUGACCUUGACCCUAGAAAGGGAGGUGAGGUGGAUGACGAAGUCCUCAGAAAGGUCUUUACAGAACUGGACUACCUGGUUACAGUCCACAGAGACCUCACUGCUCAGGGCAUGAGGACGUGCAUUGAAAACUUUUGUCGACAACAAACCCACCGGACAGUGGACAGCUGUGUGGUGUGUCUGCUCUCUCACGGAGUGGAAGGUGCUAUAUAUGGCACUGACGGCCAGCUCCUGCAGUUGGACUGGGUGUUUGAGGCCUUUGACAACGCGCACUGUCCCCUGCUGCAGAACAAGCCGAAGAUGUUCUUCAUCCAGGCCUGCAGAGGAGAGGAGAUGGACUGUGGCGUGGAGCAGAUAGACGGACCAACGAGGACCUGCUCACCAAGCUGUGAACAGCGGGAUGCUGGAAGGGAAGGACAGGGGGAUGCAGACUCCAGACAGAGAGGGGACAUGGGUAGACCGAGGAUUAAACUGCCCCAGCGGUCUGACAUGAUCUGUGGCUACGCAUCUCUCAAAGGUCAGAGAAUUUGCACAGCAGCCAUGCGGAACACCAAGAGAGGAUCCUGGUUUAUCCAAGAACUCAACACAGCGCUCCGAAUCCAUUCCAGAGACACACACCUUGCAGACAUCAUGGUGCAGGUCAACGGCCGAAUCAAGGAGCGGGAGGGUUACGCUCCCGGCACCGCUCACCAUCGCUGUAAAGAGAUGUCGGAGUUCACCAGCUCAUUGUGCAAAGACCUCUACCUUUUCCCCAAGUACCAGCCACAGUAUUGAUAUGCAAAUACGCACAUAACACAGAUUAACACACACACACAGACCAUUCCGUGCAUUGAAGCCUCUCAAUAAAGCACACACCACUGUUCAUUCCACAGUAAUUACUGCCAAACACUCAGACACUCACACAUUCCCCAGUUACAACUCCACAUCACUCAUUCUGUGUAAAUACUGCCUCCUGACACCGCACACGUGCAUACGCUCACGCAAGUCCUGGAAAUGAAAAAGGAGAAAGCUUAUGUUAAUCUACAUGUACUCGGAAAUGGGCGACGUAUUAGCGCGCUUACUUAUGUAUCUGUGUGUGUGUGUGUGUGUGCCGAUGCCAGUUAGAAGGUUUAGAUGAUAAUCCUUUUUUUAAGUCAAAUUCAAAAUAGUUUUCUUACUGCACAGCUACUUCGAGGUUUCACUCUCUCUUUUUAAAAUGUAUUUUGUACACAGAUCUAUUUUUGUGGCUUUAUUUUGUAUGAAAUUGUUUUUAUAAGUAUUUUUAAGCCCAUUCUCUUUUUUUCUAUUUGUAUAUAACGUUUGCCAUGAGUUGUGUGACCAUUUCUUGUUUGUAGUAUAGUAACAGGCAGGGGGCAGUACAGCAGAGACAAAUGCAUUUCAUUGUUUUUGUUUCAUCAAUAUUAUUCAGAUUUCCUGCAGUUUAAAAUGAUCUUUACUGUCAUGAUUGCAGACAGCUUUUAUUUUAGUUACAAUCAGCUUCAGUGAUGAUUAACGGUAGUCUUUGCAGCAGGUUUUGACCUGCUCUCGUCAGUUUUCUCUCACAUAGUUAAACACCAACAGGGCAGCUUAAAAAAAAACUCUUUUUUUUUUUCUCGCUUUACUUUGUGGAUGUUCAAUCAGGAAAAAUCAGCUUUUUAAACUAUUAUAGUGAAAGUACUCACUGUAAAUAUCACUUCAUCUCAGCUGUGUUACUGUAUAUCUGUCCCCGUCAGGGUGGUGGGCUGCCAGGGAAUGUGGUGCUACUUAUGGGGUCAUACACCUAAAGUAUGAACUCCGACCUUUACGUUAACUCUGACUGCUUAUAGUGUUUCUCCCUGUGUGGGAGCUGCACGUCCACUUAGACCCCCUACAGUUUUUUUUGUCAUAUUUUACUGUAUCUGAUGCAGUAAACAUUUCUCAUGUCUUCCAUAAACAGUAUGCAGUUUUCUACAGCAGCCUGUGCCAUGUGAUGAUGAUCCUUUAAGAUGACUUUAUGACCAUGGAGCUUUUACAGUAUAUUGUAUCGCGUUGGCAAACCCCCCACACACACGCAGAGAAAUCAAUUCCUCAAGGCUGUGUGAGCAUUGAUGUUUCCCAGAAAGGCUCUGAGCAGGCAAAGUGUGUUUAGUUACAACAGUGUUGUAGUGAAGAUAACAGAAUACAUGGUUGAAACAGUAUUGAUUAAGCAUCUGUAAACAAAGAUGCUUUUAAGCUGUAUGUGAGAUGUUCGUGAGUUCACCAUGGUGGCUCGCUCCUCUUGGAUUUUGGAAAUGUGAUUUUAAAAAAGGACAAAUAAAGUGGUUUAAAGGGUAAAAACUCUGCUACAGGGUGAUAAGUUUUAAAGGUUGAUAAGUUAAAGGCUGCCAAGUUCUGCUGAGGUGCUGUGUGGGGGGCUGGGAGAGAUUUUAUUUCUGUCAACACCAAUGACUGCCAAAUCUUCUAUACAAUAAACAGGCCAUGGUUUUUAAACAGCA